CGACCGAGCGGGACAGGCUUUCCAGUUCGUUUCGUGCUCGGGUUGGCGCAGGAAGGGUCCCUCCUCGAGCGACCGAAACACCACCCCGCCGUCGACCCGCGACCCCGCGCGCGCCGUCCGUCUCAGCGGUUUCGCGACCCCGAAUUCGUCCCCAAUUGCCACGAUGGGCUGCUGCGGUAGUAAGGGUCAGUACGCGGUCGAGGAGCCCGGCGCGUACGAGGCGCGUCGCGAGAAGAUGCUCGAGGCGGCGGAUCGCAGAAAUGCGCAGUCGGCGAUGCGGGGCAUACAAAACCCGCGGAGCGCGGCGCGGCUGAGGGAGGAGCAGUCCAAGCCCGCGCGGACGAGCGAGUUCCAGGCGAGGAAAGACGAACAGAUGGUCCGCGACUGGGGAUCGUGACGCCGCCGGGGGGAAAUCAGUCAUAGCGCGUAGCGAAGUUUUAAGCAGGCGAUCGAGUCCGC